GGCCAUCAGCUGUCUGAAGAGGGCAAACUAUCUGUCUCCGUUUGAUUGGAAGAUCCUGUAUAAUCUGGGUUUGGUUCAUCUCACCAUGCAGCAGUACGCAUCAGCUUUCCACUUUCUGAGCGCCGCCAUCAACCUGCGGCCGCGCAUGAGCGAACUCUACAUGCUACUGGCCGUUGCUCUGACCAAUCUGGACGACGCAGAUAACGCCCGCAGGUCUUACGAGCAGGCGCUUCAGCUGGAUGAGUCAAAGCUGCUGGUGAACCUGAACUUUGCGGUGUUCCUCUAUAAUCAGGGCGAUAAGAAGGCUGCCCUGCUGCAGUUUCAAGAGAUGGAGAGAAAAGUCAACACUCAGGUGGACAAUAACAGCAACACUGAGUUUGACCCAGAGCUGGUUGAAAUGGCUCAGAAAUUGGGCGCCGCUCUACAGGUGGGUGAGAACCUGUACUGGAGCAAACCGGGCAAAGACGGCAAGACCAGCCAGCGGUCGUCCUCCAGCAAACCCAGUAGCUCCCAGCAGCCCCUGGGCACCAACCAGGCCCUCGGUCAG